AUGCUUGAUCUAAUCACACGUCGGCGUUUAUUGGUCUUUCUUUUUGCCAUAUUUUUUGUUAUUUUAAGUGUUCUAUUUUUUGGUCGUGCAAUUCCAUCAAUUUCACGACGUACACCAUUGAAACUUGAAAUAGAACAACCAGUUAGUGAAUGUUAUUUAACUGAAUCAAUAGAUGUUAUUGGAAUAUGUGAGAAAUGUACAUCUUAUCAACGUCGUUCAAAAGCAAAUGGUUGUUUACCAACUGGUUAUAGAGAAUUAGUACUUUGUACAAAAUCAAAUAUAAAAACAAAUCGUUCAUGUCAAAUGCCUGUUUAUAUUCAAAAACAACAUUUUUGGUUAUUUGAAGUUAUGAUGAUUAUUGUUGGAUUAAUCGCAAUAUUUAGUGCUCAAUCAAGGCAAAAAAUUUUAGAUAAACAAAUGGUUGAAAAAAUCAAGAAACAGAUUGGUGAAAGUGAUGAAUGA